AUGGGUUCAAUCUCGAAUGGUGCUGAUCAUGCAACAGGCGAAGUUGGCGCUGCCCUGGAUAUUACCGUUUUGGGACUGAACAGCGGAACUUCAAUGGAUGGAAUCGAUUGUGCCUUGUGUCAUUUCCACCAGGAGACACCCGAGUCUCCCAUGGAGUUUGAGCUUCUGAAAUACGGAGAGAUUCCACUGGAGCAGACGAUCAAGAAGCGUGUGAUGAAUGUCAUCCUGCACAACAAGACUUCUCCUUCAGAGCUUUCUGAAAUCAACGUCAUUCUGGGCGAAACUUUUGCUGCCGCUGUGCAUCAGUUCUGUAAAGACUCCAAUGUAGAUAUCAACACCAUCGAUGCACUCGGAUCACAUGGACAGACUAUCUGGCUACUCUCCAUGCCGGAAGAAGGCGAAGUGAAAUCCGCCCUGACUAUGGCCGAGGGCGCAUUUCUCGCAUCGCGGACAGGUAUCACAUCAGUCACCGAUUUCCGGGUCAGUGAUCAAGCCGCUGGCCGGCAAGGGGCGCCGCUAAUUGCCUUUUUUGAUGCCCUUGUCCUGCAUCACCCUACAAAACUUCGUGCCUGUCAGAAUAUUGGUGGUAUUGCGAACGUCUGUUUCAUACCCCCCGACAACAAAGGCGGUAUUGCCGAGUGCUACGACUUUGACACUGGCCCAGGCAACGUCUUCAUUGACGCCGUCGUACGCCAUUAUACAAAUGGUGAGCUCGAGUAUGACCGAGACGGUGAAAUGGGUGCCCGGGGACGGGUCGAUCAGGAACUUGUGGACGAUUUCCUGCAGCACAAAUACUUCAAGCUCGAUCCACCCAAGACCACAGGCCGGGAAGUAUUCCGGGAUACCUUGGCUUUCGAUCUGAUCAGGAAGGCUGAGGCUAAGGGCUUGACGCCAGAUGACGUCGUAGCUACUAUCACCCGGGUCACGGCACAAGCGAUCGUGGAUCAUUACCGGCGCUACGCACCUGCAGAUAUGGAAAUUGAGGAGAUCUUCAUGUGUGGCGGUGGCGCAUACAAUCCGAAUAUCACCAAAUACAUUCAAAAGAACUAUCCAAAAGCUAAAAUCAUGAUGCUCGACGAAGCCGGAAUCCCGGCCGGCGCAAAGGAAGCGAUUACAUUUGCCUGGCAGGGUAUGGAAGCUAUUGUCGGACGCUCGAUUCCGGUGCCAACUCGCGUCGAGACUCGUCAGGAGUAUGUGUUGGGUAAGGUCAGUCCGGGCAAGAAUUAUCGCCAGGUUAUGCGAAAGGGGGCUUUGUUUGGAGCGGGUCGUGAUCACUUGAAGCCCGUUCAGGAGUUGAUUAAUAUCGUUGAUGGCAAGGUGUUCGAUAAUAAAUGGUGA